GGAAGUUUGGCUCAGCUGGAAGAAACGGUGGCGAAGUACGAAAGGUUUGCAUGCGCUGAUCAUCAUGUCACUGCAGGGAGAUCCGGUGUAGGAGAUGCACGCAGCGGUGCGCCUGGCAGUAGUGGCAGUCCCGAUGGGUGUGCUGCUGUCCCGGACCAUGGCGUGGAUGUCCAGCGGCAAGACACAUCCAGAGCUCAUCAGCAGGCUCAGGGAUCACGGUGUGAUCCGCAGCGACCAAGUGUUUAAUGCCAUGCUGGCUACAGACAGAGGGCUCUACUCUACAGACUACCCUUAUGCAGACUCUCCUCAGUCCAUAGGCUACAGGGCAACCAUCAGCGCACCGCACAUGCAUGCUCAUGCAUUGGAGCUGUUAAGUGACAAACUAACUGAAGGGGCAUCGGCGCUGGACGUGGGUUCAGGAAGUGGAUAUCUCACAGCCUGUUUUGCAAGGAUGACAGGACCCAGUGGUAGAGUGGUUGGCAUUGAACACAUUGAUGAACUAGUUCAAAUGUCGAUAAAAAAUGUGAGAGCUGACGACCCAGAGCUGCUCACCUCUGGACGCAUCAGACUCGUAGUGGGAGACGGAAGGCUCGGCUACCCGGACGGAGCGCCAUAUGAUGCCAUUCAUGUUGGUGCAGCUGCAGCUACUGUUCCUAAAGCUCUCUUGGAGCAGCUGAAGCCUGGUGGGCGUUUGGUUCUCCCCGUGGGCCCUGACGGUGGCAGUCAGGUGCUUGAACAGUACGAUCGGCAGAGCGAUGGGACCUUUCUCAAGAAAGCAUUGAUGGGAGUAGUAUACGUCCCCCUGACUGACAAGAGGCGUCAGUGGCCUGGAGGUGAGCUCUGACUGCAGUGUGGUUGCCCCCGCAGGAGGUGGCGUUGGUGCUGCAUCUCCGGCGCCCCUUAGUGCUCCUCGUGGUUUCACUGAGCUCCAGUCUUAACGGCCACCUGUCCCACUGGGUGGUCACCUAGCAACGUACAAGGAGGAUCUCACUCUGUUAGCUUAACCAGAUUGUCUUCCAAGAGUGAUAAAACGGUGAAGGAGUGAAUGAGCGACCACAGCUGGACUGAUGACCUUACUCCCAGAAUCCUCUGAGUCAUUUCGACAUUGAUAAGGAUGUUAAAUGUGGAUGACAAAGAAAGGUUGUCUGAGAUCAAAAUGAUUCACAGUAUUGAUGCAUAUGUCAGUUUAGCCCUGAGAAAAAUGCAGUUUCAGCUUAAGGAGCUACAGGAUGUGUUCAUUUGGAUGCUUGUGGGAAAUUCAGAUGAGCAGUAAAUUUGUGAUUUUGUGUGUAAUUUUAUGGGAACGCUUUGACUAUGAAUGCAGUUAAGACAAACUGAGGUACAAGCCAAGGAUGAUACAUGAAAUUUCAGUAAAUUAACAAAGUAAUAUAUAUUUUUGGUAAGAACUUCCUCUUUCUGGCUUCAUAUUCUGUAUGUUUAGGAUGCGUGCUAUCAGACAUUUGUCACUGUAGAACAGAGGGGUAAUUGUGCCAAAAACUGAUCAGUUAAAGCACUUUUUUAAAUAUACAACUAUUGAAUUAUGUGUAGACUUACAAGAUUUAUUAAUAAAACCUGCUAAAUGGAUACUUAAUUGUUUGUCAAUUUUAUACUAAAAAGUUGUACAUCCUGUGGAUCCCGGAAGGAGUGUACAAGAUUUGUAUGAGAGAAAGACAGGUAAUUUAGUAAUGUUAUACGGAAAAUAAAGAUUCAGAAUCCACGUAGGUUUUUCACAUGAAGG